AUGGCUUCGAGCCUUGAUUCAAAGAGGAGCAUUGGCAAGAAGAUGGUCAUCGCGUGUGAUGGAACGUGGCAGAACAGCGAUCAAGGCUACGACGACUCCGUCUUCGCACCACCGGCAGCUCAGAUCCCCUCGAACGUCACACGCAUCGUCCGCGCCAUAAAACACAAAGACGACGAUGGUAUCCCCCAGGUCGUCUUCUACCAGCGUGGCGUGGGCGCCAACGGCGGCGAAGAAGAUAAAAUCGUGGGCGGCGCCACGGGUGUCGGGCUCUCUGAGCACGUCCGCGAAGCGUAUGGAUUUCUAGCUAACAAUUUCGACCCGGAGUCUCAAGAGGCGCUCAAUGAUGUCUCCAAACCUAUCGACGAGAUUGUGCUGCUGGGAUUUUCGAGAGGCGCGUUUACUGCGAGGGCUAUUUCGAGUCUGGUGAGUGAUGUUGGGGUGUUGACUCGGGCGGGGAUGGAGAGCUUUUGGGGCGUUUUUGGGGAUUGGAUGAAGCAGAAUGUGGAAGGGAGGCAGAGUGAGUGGUUUGAAAGUCGGUUUGGGAGGAAGGUUUCUUUUACAGAUCCGGUGUAUAGGCAGACGUUGAUUGAGCAUGGUAUUACGAGAUGGCCGAUGCCAAUUCGAGCUGUUGGGGUUUGGGAUACUGUUGGUUCCCUCGGCAUACCUUUACCAUUCCAUGCAGAAAAUGUCAAGGAAUUCUCUUUCGUCAACACCAAGGUAGCCGUGCACGUUCAACAUGCAUUCCAAGCACUUGGCCUCGACGAGCAUCGAAGACUGUUUACUCCCACGCUCUGGGAAUGGCCCACUAAUGACCAAAACCUGAAGAAGCUCAAACAAUGCUGGUUUCCAGGCGUGCAUUCGAAUAUAGGCGGAUCGUAUCCCGACGCCGGUAUUUCCAAUAUCACACUCGCUUGGAUGAUCAGCCAAUUUGAAGAAAGUGACGGCGGAAUCUUGACAUUCGACCCUAUAUAUUUGGAUUGGCUACAAGAUCUGAACAACGAAUACUACAUCAAGCAAGCACAACCAAUUCGACCAUGGGCCCUUAGCAAAAUCUACGACUCAGCACCCCACACCACAGUUAAGGGCAUUGUCGCGGGUCUCUCACCCGUAGUUCGUACCCCCGGCCGGUAUCAUGUCGUCAAUGACAAAACCGGUCUUGGAACCAAUAUACCAUUGAAGAACACAUGCGAAUUCAUUCAUCCCAGCGUUCGCAUCCGCAUGGAUAGCGGAGGACUUGGUACAGAAGAGGACUCCAAGCAUGUUUCAGAGGUAUCACAUCUUCUGAAUGCUGCAAAGGGUCUUGUAGGCUUGAAUUGGAAUUUGAAUAAGUAUUCUAGUCCUGCGCUUAAAAACUAUGAGCUGGUCGAGUCGGUGGGUGUGCAGAAUGGCACAACAGGAGCGGGUGGUGUGGUUUGGAAGGCGAAGGAUGGGAGUGAAGGGUUGCCGGAGGAGGAGCUGGGGAGGACGGAAAUUAGGUUGUUGAAGAGGAGUGUUGACAUGGCUAGUAAGCUUCAAGGGUAG